UUUGGUCGUCUGAUUCGAACACCAUACGAAUCAGACAAUAGUGAGAGACAUCUCCUUUGAAGAUACCAACCUUCAUCCUUUGAUUCGAAUCCCAAUUACUAAGAAUAAACCCUAAAAUUCAUUAUCUUCAUAGUCAUCAAUCUUGAAACCCUGAUUCCAUGGUUUCUAGAUUUCCAUUGAUCUUUGUUACAAGAUAAUGGGAAGCUUUCAUCGCCGGACCUUUUCUUAUGAUAAACUUCCGACCAAACCCAUUAGGCUCUCCGUUCUCAAACUAGAUGGCUCUUCCUUCAGUAAAUGCAUCAUCAUAUUUAUGUAUACGUAAUGACCUCAGCAACCGUUGGGGAUCUCAAGCUUGCCAUAGAGACUGCCUUUAGUCAUGUCCCUAAGAAGGGACCCUCCAAGAUCUCAUGGUCACAUGUGUGGGGGCAUUUUUGUUUGUGUUACGGUGGUCAGAAGUUAAUUACCGAUACGGAUUGCAUCGGAAGUUAUGGGAUGAAGGACGGUGAUGAGGUAAGGUUUAAAAACCAUGUGUCAGGCAAUGCAGUAUUGAGCAAGGGAUAUUCUAGGAAAUCAAAACAAAAGAAUUUAGAGAGGAUAUUGCUAAAUGAUGGAGAUGGAGAAAUGAAUCGAAUAGAAGAGAUUGAUGACUCUUGGGAUGAUCUCGAGAAAGGAGGCAUCGUGAGGUACAAAGAUGAUGACAUGGACGCUUCUUCAAAUGAAAGCACUAGGUCUGUACGAGGUUGCUGCUUUGCUUUUGGUUUAAAGGAGCUUCUUGGGUUUGGUAAUGAACGAGCCUAUUAUUCUUUAAGAGAUACUUGGAGAGACGAUUAAGUGUCUUUGUUUCUUCUUCUUCUUCCAAUUUUUGUUUUCUUUUUAUAUUAGCAAUAAAGAUUUUGUAAUCACGCAACAAAAUGAUCCAAUGAAGGAUCAAGUUCUGAUACAAAGGGUAGUAUUAUGUUCAGGAAAAGCUUUAUAUAUAGAGUACAGAGUUACAAUGAUUCAGUAGUACAGAUAGUGCCUUAAACAAAACAAGUGGGAAAAAAACAGAGCUUUUGGCAGAAACAAAACACAAAAAAACAACUCCAAAGAGUUGUAAUGGCGACUAGGAUGUUACACCGCCAUUGCCAAAAGCUCUAAAGUGGAAGAAGAAGAUAAAGGCACUAUCACGAACCUAAACCAAAAGAACAAGGGACUCCUACAAGAACUUUACUGAACAACUCCAAAAAGAUGGUCAAGACUAUAACCCUAAAUAGAUUACCAGAACUCAGUGUCAGGAUUCACAG